AUGAUCUCAAUCUCGACGACGUGUAAUUCGACUCUGGAAAAGCUCAGAAUUGAGCCCGGUACGGAGGACUUAAUUGUUGGGCCGUUGACGUUCCAUGACCUCGCUCUUAUUAUCAGUGGAGGAUGUGCCAUCAUUGCCAUUUUUCUCAGCCUAUAUCUGGCGUUUAUGCACGCCAUCAAUUACACAAAACCUAAUGAGCAAAGACACGUAAUCCGAAUCUUGUUCAUGGUCCCGGUUUAUUCGGUAUCAUGCUUCCUUCAGGUCUACUACUACUAUCAUGCCGUAUAUUUCCAAGUCAUAUCCGACUGUUACGAAGCCUUCGCCAUCGCGUCCUUCUUCGCCCUCAUGUGUAGUUACAUCGGCCCGGAUCUUCACGAACAAAAAGACUACUUCCGCGACAUGUAUCCGAUCAAGAGGUGGGUGUGGCCCGUCAACUGGUUUGCUGCGUGUUGCGGUGGCCAGCGCGGUCCGUGGAGGACGCCGAAGAGCGGCCUGACGUGGUUCAACAUCAACUGGAUUGGAAUUUACCACUACUGCGUGAUACGCGUUGCCAUGACUAUCACUGCCGUGGUGACUCAGUAUUUCGAUCGGUAUUGUGAAAGCUCCAACAGUCCGGCUUUUGCGCAUAUUUGGGUCCUCGCCAUCAAUUGCAUUGCUGUCUUUAUUGCAAUGUACUGCGUUAUCCAAUUCUAUGUUCAGAUGAAGGAGCCCCUCAAGGACCACAGGCCCUUCCUCAAAGUUCUAGCUAUCAAGCUCGUGGUCUUCUUUGCCUUUUGGCAAGUGACUUGUAUUUCUAUCGCGACGAGUGAGAAGUACAAGAUUUUCGAGCCCAAUUCUAUCAUCGCCUACCCCGAUAUCAAGGUCUCGAUCCCCGCGAUGCUCCUGUGUGUUGAGAUGGUCAUCUUCGCCAUCCUUCAUUUCUGGGCUUUCCCCUACGCGCCUUAUGUUCCAGGCGCGAAGACGACUUACUAUCCCCACCCCGAUACGCGCAAAUCCGGGCUCCUACCUGCUAGAGAGAAUGCGCACUCGCAGCCUUCGGGAGGGCCUCUUGGCAUCUGGGCCUUUUGCCAUGCGGCUAAUCUUUGGGACUACGUCAAGGCUUUCGGUCGCGGCAUGCGCUGGCUCUUCUGCGGUGUGAGGCACAGGAAGAAAGACCCGAGCUAUAAUACUAGAACUAUGAGUUCGCUCAACCUGGAGAACCUCUCUGUCCCCAAGAGCCGCCUUCGACCCGCCCGCAGCACCGAACAUCUACCCAUCGCCGACCAGUUCCGCCGCAGCAAACUUGGCCUUCCCCCCAUGGACGGAGAGCCCACGUCCGUGAACGAGGACGAACACGCGGGUCUCAUUUCGCACGCCCAACCUAAUCCGAUGAGCGCGCGCCAACCCACCCGCAACAUGGCCUCUCCCAUGGUCCCGCCGUCCCCGUAUCGAGACGGAGGUUACUCGCCUUCUCCAUACCACGACAUGAACCCAUCUCCACUCCCUUCUCCCUCCCCAUACUAUAGCCCCAACGCUAGGCUACCUGCCGGGGGGCCACAAGGCAACGUUUGGGAACCUAUCGAACCUAGAAGUCAACCACAGCCGCCGCGAGGCUACGGCUCAGCGUUCUAA